AUGUCACGUCUCAAUAAAACAAUCGACGGCAAUGGAAUGGGUCAAAUGGAAAAACUGGUAGAGGUUUGUCUUGUAUUUCCUCCCAAAGUCACCUCUCCAGGCUUGCCUGCAUUGCUUCUUGAAAAAGAUAGAAAUGGAAAGCUCUUGGAUUAUUCUGGGCCCAGACUUCAACUCCAGAUGCUUGUGAUCUUCGUUCUCACGCAGAUACUUCACAGUCUGUUAAAAAACCUGGGACUUCCAUUGUUCAUUUCCCAGAUUCUUGCAGGGAUAAUACUUGGUCCUACGUUUUUUGGUGAUCAAUUUUCUUUGGUUACCAUAUCGGAGGAUAGUGUUCCAAUUUUGGGGACGGUGGGAGAUUUCGGCAUACUGUUCUUUUUGUUUUUAAUUGGUGUGAAGACUGACGUUAGCUCGAUAUUCAAUUCCGGGAUGAAGGCCGUGUAUAUUGGUAUCCUCACCGUGCUUGUGCCUCUGGCCUCUUGUAUGAUAACGAUUACGAUACUUCAAGGUGGUGGCGAUUUGAAUUUGGGCAGAAGUUUCUUUCUCGCGACAACGUAUGCUGGGACUUCGUUCCCUGUCAUACAAUACCUUCUCACGGAGUUGAGAAUCCUGAAUUCUGAACUCGGUAGGCUAGGAUUAUCGGCUGCGCUUAUAGGUGACAUAGUGACAAUAGUUAUGACGUUGUUUGGCAUUUUGUUGAGAGUAUGGUUUAUAAACGGAACAAAAAUGGCUCUAAGUCAUAUUGGAUUGGCUAUGUUUGUUACUGUAAUUGGAGCGUUUGUGCUGCGACCUGCAAUGAAAUGGAUGGAGAAACAAACGUCCGAGACUGGCCAUAUAAAAGAUGUAUGCUUCUAUGUCGUUGUUGUGGUCUUCAUGUUGUCGCCUCGACUUUCCGGACUGAUUCAUUUACAAGCUAAAUAUGGUCCGAUCAUGCUUGGUUUGGUUGUACCGGAAGGACCACCUUUGGGUUCUGCUCUGGUCGAAAAGCUAGACCCUAUUACUUCGGAACUAUUUUUGCCUGUGUUCCUUGCAACAAGCGGCAUGAGGUGCAAUCUAUCUAACCUUAAAGAACCUACCCAGUUCACCAAGGACCAUGCAGUUGGAGCCGCGGUCGCACUUGUUAUGAAAUUUGGGGUCUCUUGGGUGUUGGCCAUGUUCUGCGAGAUGCCCAUAAGGGAUUCUGUAGCAUUUUCUCUUAUCAUGAUUUCCAAAGGCAUCGUUGAGAUUGCUUCCUACAGCUCCAUGAGCGACAUGAGAGUUAUGACGAAUGUUAUGUUUUGUUUCUUGAUGAUUAUGGUCAUUUUCGUGUCAAGCGUUGUGCCAAUACUAGUGAAAUGGCUUUAUGAUCCAUCUAAGAAGUAUUUAUGCUUCAAGAAAAGGACAAUCAUGAAUACCAAACUCAAUCAGGAGCUGCGGCUGAUCGGUUGUAUUCACGUACCGGGUAAUGUUAACUCUAUUAUCAGUCUACUGCAUGCCUGCUGUCUAACCAGAGAGAGCUCCAUUGCUCUAGAUGUUCUUCACCUAGUCAAGCUCAGUGGACGAGCCACACCGGUUUUCAUUGCUCAUAACGGGAUAACGAAAACCAUGUUGAACCGCUCGUACUCCGAGAACGUCAUUGUCGCUUUCAGUGAGUUUCAGCGAAACAAUUCAGAAGCUGUAUCGGUGAAAGUUUUCACCGCGGUCUCACCACCGAAUUCUAUGUAUGAGGAUAUAUGUAAGCUUGCCGUGGACCGACUCACAUCGUUUAUAAUACUUCCGUUUCACCGGUGGUGCAUCGACGGGAGCACCGAAUCGGAAGAUCAAACCAUCAGAAACCUGAAUUUCAGCAUCCUCGAAAUGGCACCUUGCUCGGUAGGGAUCCUUGUUGACGUACGCCGCAAUCUAAAAGGCCUCAAAAUCAAAGAUAAAUCACCAUCAUCCUUAAACAUUGCUGUGAUAUUCAUCGGGGGACAAGAUGAUAGAGAGGCUCUAGCUUUAGCUAAACGCAUUUCCCUAGACGAAAGUGUUAGUCUUACCGUAAUUCAUCUCAAAGCAAAGAUCAGCUUAGACAGCUUUCGGGCUGAGAACGAUGGAGUGCUUGAUGAUGAGAUGUUAUGCGAUAUCAGAGGAAGUGUAAAGUUAACGUACCUUGAGGAACAAGUAGAAGAUGGAACUGAAACUUCAAAAUUUCUUCGAUCCAUUGUAGAAAACUAUCAGCUUAUCAUUGUUGGGAGGAGAUAUAAGUAUGAAGAUCCACAAACCUUGGGUCUGGGAGAAUGGUGUGAAUUUCAAGAAAUUGGGAUUAUUGGAGACUUGCUUUCAUCUUCAGAUUUUGUUGGCAAUUAUUUCUUGUUGAUUGUUCAACAGCAGCAGCAAAGGUCUGCCUAA